AUGUAUGAGGCGAAAUGCUUAGACGUUAAAGUGAAAGAAGAUGGUGUAGUAUAUUAUGUGCAUUACCUAGGUUGGAAUAAGAGCUGGGAUGAAUGGGUGACUGAAAAACGAAUGUUCAAGUAUAAUGAAGAGGGCUUGACAAAAAAACAAGAAUUAGAGCGACAGAUAAAAUCCGGGAAGGUUAAAGUUUUAAGAAAGUCUGAAUUAAAGUCACAGUCAUUGCCACCUCCAGAAGUCUUGGAGGACGUUGAACGGACACUGAAGCCUGGUCAAGUGAAAGAAGAUGGCCUUCUCUCUCAGCCGCGUUUGUCGAUUUCACUGCCUCCAUGCUUGAAAUCUUGGCUUACAGAUGACUGGGAUUUGAUUACUCAACAAGCUCGGCUUUAUGAACUGCCUGCUUCUCAGCCAAUAUGUAAUAUUUUAUCAGAUUUCUUAGAAAGUUCUGAGGCGGAAAUGAUUAAAUCGGAAUCAACUCGUGAAAUAAACAACUAUACUUCUUCUGAAUCUGAGAACACUCAACUGAGCACUAACGUACCAAUAGACCCGGGUGUACGGCGUGAAUUUGUUUAUGGAAUUCAGUAUCUUUUCAAUCAUACUAUUGGUUCUCAUCUUUUAUACAAAUUCGAGAGAUUACAAUACGCUAAGCUAUUGAAACAGCAUACAGGCAAGAGAAUGUCAGACAUUUAUGGGUCAAUUCACUUGUUGAGGUUGUUUGGAACCGUUUAUUCCACUCGAUCAUUUCAGCUUAAACAAUGUGAGAUCACCUUAUCAAGUCUUGAAUCUCGACUUCUUGAAAGAGAAAGUCAACUGACAAAAUGUGUUGGACAGUACAGCCAAUACAAUUCAGUUGACCGUGUUCAAUGCUCACAGCUAACAGAUUUAGUCAAAGAUCUUAAACAACAAAUCACAGAGCAUAAGAAAAUGAAUAUGAUUUCAAAAACUGAGAGAGCUCAAUUACAAGAGACUGUGAAUCGUCUUGAAGGUGAAUUAGCUGCUCGAUCUGAUGCAUUACGUAGAGCAGCAAUAGAUGCAACGCGUAUACAAAUGGAGCAUGAAUUAGAAUUGAAAAAUAGAACAAAUGAUUUAAAUGAGUCACUGUAUCAUAUGGAAAACAAAUGGAAAGAAGCAUGCAAAACUAUUGAGAGAUUAGAGAAGGAGUACAAAGAUCAAGAAUUCAAACUUACAGAAGUUUCAACAAACAGAAAUGAUGAAAACAAAUCAUUGAAACAGAAGCUUGAUUCAGUUGAAUCGAAAAACAGAACAUUGUGCAAUGAAUUAGAAACUGUGAAAUUAUCAAGAGAGAAUUUACAAAAUGAGUAUAACCGACUUCAAGAGGAAUUGGACAAGCUGAAGAUACAAAUUGAUUCCACUGCAAAGAAAGUUUCAACUGGGGUUCAAGCUGUUCAGAAAUGCUCAAACGCAAGUACAAAUACAGAGAAAAUGGAAUAUAAAGAAAGAAUACCAUUGCCAAGGCUUCAGCUGACAAGUAGUAGACCGAAAUCUUCAGAACAAGUGAAAACGUCUCAUUUCUCACCUGGGGAUCAGGACGAAGAAAAAUUCACCGACUGUGAUAUUAACAGCCCUGAGAACUCAGCUGAUUCAGUUGAGGCUAGAGUGAAAGCGCUUAAACAAGCUAAUCAGUAUCUAAGAUUGGAAGUAGAGAAUGCCUGUAAAAUGUUAAAUUCAAGUGUACUAAAUAAAAAUAAAGUUGAAGAUGAGUAUUUGUCUAUGCCAAAAAUAAAGUAUUCCAAUACACUUCAAUUUGAUACUGGAAAUAAUAAUAAUAAUAAACACAAAGUAGAAUUCUUCGAUGAAACUGAUGAAUACCCUGAGUAUGGUGAUGAAAGUAUAGUUGAACAAGAAUCAAAAACGGUUUGGCUUGAAAGAAUUGAAUCGAUAUCACAAAAAUUUCAUGAUAACAACAACUACUGGUCGAGUAAACUAGAAAAUAUUGACAGAAUGAAAAAUUCUGGUCGAGAUAUUGUACAAAAUACAGAGCGUCAAACAAAUUCAUCUAGAACAGUCAGUGGAAACACCGACAGAAAAAUUAAGCCAACACGCCUUCAUGAUUCUAGCAGUGGAGUCGGUAACAGCAGUGGGCGUGUCAAAUUAACAAAGCUGGAACCCAUGGAUUAUCAUGGAAAGUUCGGUGAUAAAUUUGCCAAGCCAUCAAGUGCUUCUAAGCUGACUUCAAUUCCAGUUAAACAGAUGUCAACCUAUCGUGCUUCAAGAAUAAAAUAG